GUUUCAAAUUCAAAGAGUUUCUCAUAAACUUCUCUUUUACUUAGAGACUUUCAACAAAAAUGGUUGGAACUCUCUACCACAUCAUGUUUAAUUUAAUAUUGUUUAGUGAGUCUAUUUAAGAAACUGAUGAAUAAUGAUGCCUCUUACAACCAUUAGACUUUCAGAAUCUUUAAUUUCUCUAAUACGUUUUCUCAACGCAAAUCUCUUUUUCUUUUCUCCAACCAAAGCCAAAAUAAACAUGAGUAGGAAUCCUGAGCGUAAGCUCCAUGUUAUGUUCUUCCCCUACAUGGCUUAUGGUCACAUGAUACCAACUCUAGACAUGGCUAAGCUUUUCUCUAGCAGAGGAGCCAAAUCAACGAUCAUCACCACACCUAUCAACUCCAAGAUCUUCCAGAAACCCAUCGACGUUUUCAAGAACCUGAACCCUAGUCUUGAAAUCGACAUGCAUAUAUUCGAUUUCCCUUGCGUGGAUCUCGGGUUACCAGAAGGAUGCGAGAACGUAGAUUUCUUCACCUCGAACAACACUUCCGGUAGAGAGAACAUAGCCUUCAAAUUCUUAUCCUCGACAAGGUUUUUCAAAGACCAGCUUGAGAAGCUCCUCGAGACAACAAGACCGGACUGUCUUAUAGCCGACAUGUUCUUCCCAUGGUCUACUGAAAUUGCUGAGAAGUGUCACGUGCCAAGACUUGUGUUUCACGGUACUGGCUACUUCCCUUUGUGCGCUGCUUAUUGCAUGAAAGUGCAUAAACCAGAGAACAGAGUAGCUUCUAGUUGUGAGCCUUUUGUAAUCCCUGAUCUCCCCGGUGACAUAGUGAUAACUCGAGAACAGGUCGUAGACAGCGAAUCCGAGAUGGGAAAGUUUCUUUUCGAUGUUAGAGAAUCAGAAACAAAGAGCUCAGGUGUUAUUGUGAACAGCUUCUACGAGCUUGAACCUGAUUACGCAGAUUUUUACAAGAGAUUUGUAGCUAAGAGAGCGUGGCAAGUCGGCCCGCUCUCUGUUACAAACAGAGGAUUCGAGGAGAAGGCUGAGAGAGGAAAGAAAUCGAGCAUUGAUGAAUCAGAAUGCCUCGAAUGGCUUGACUCCAAGAAACAAGAUUCAGUCAUUUACAUCUCAUUUGGGACCGUUGUUUGCUUCAAGAACAAGCAACUGAUUGAGAUCGCUGCAGGGUUAGAAUCUUCAGGCGCAAGCUUCAUAUGGGUUGUGAGGAAAAGCACAGGUGACGACAAAGAAGAAUGGUUACCGGAAGGGUUUGAAGAGAGGGUCAAAGGGAGAGGGAUGAUAAUAAGAGGAUGGGCUCCACAGGUGUUGAUACUUGAGCACCAAGCAACCGGUGGGUUUGUGACACAUUGUGGCUGGAACUCUCUUCUUGAAGGAGUGACUGCAGGGCUACCGAUGGUAACAUGGCCUAUUGGAGCGGAGCAAUUCUACAACGAGAAACUGGUUACACAAGUGCUGGGAACAGGAGUGAGCGUUGGAGCCACAAAACAUGUGAGAAAUAUGGGAGAUGAAAUCAUUAGCAGAGAGAAAGUUGAGAAGGCUGUGAGAGAGGUGUUGGCUUGGGGAGAGGCAGAGGAAAGGAGGAUGCGGAUAAAGAAACUGGCAGAGAUGGCUAAAGCAGCAGUGGAAGAAGGAGGGUCUUCUUUUACCGAUCUAAACAACUUCAUACACGAGUUCAGUUCGUGAUCACUCCUAUAUAGAUGAGUUCUGGUCAUAAGAAUAAAACCUAACGUAGUAUACAAGGAAAAUCCACGCAUUGUCAGUAAGUAAUGGUGUUAGGUUAUUGUAUCAACGAUUUUGAAUCCGCUUGGUUGAUUUCGGUUCAGGUUGACCUAAUAAUGUGGGAUUUAUAAAAUAUUUUCCAUUUUCCAUAUGAAUCUGGAUUUGUAUCUAAAAGCUUCUUUUUUAAUUAUAUCUCCAAGAACUUUUAAGA